AUGGCGCCAUUCAACCUCGAGACGUGUGUCCGGCCCAACAUUCUUGCCCUUCAGCCCUACCGCUGCGCGCGAGACGACUACAAGGACGACGGCACAAACGUCCUCCUCGACGCAAACGAAAACGCCUACGGCCCUUCGCUCGACGCCGCCUCUUCCGCCGCCGCCUCCUCGGCCCUGACCGGCCUCGACCCUCUCGGCCUGCACCGCUACCCGGACCCGCACCAGCGCCCGCUCAAGCAGCGUCUCUGCGACCUGCGCAACGACAGCAAUCAUGCCGACGGCCCCCUGCUGACCCCGGACCACCUCUUCGUCGGCGUCGGCAGCGACGAGGCCAUCGACGCCCUGCUGCGCUGCUUCUGCGUCCCCGCCCGCGACCGCAUCCUCACCUGCCCCCCGACCUACGGCAUGUACGCCGUCUCGGCCCAGGUCAACGACGUCGGCAUCGUCAAGGUGCCCCUGCUGCCCGCCCCGCACUUUGCCCUCGACGUCGCCGCCGUCUGUGCCGCCCUCGACCGCGAGCCCGACGUCAAGCUCGUCUACCUCUGCUCCCCCGGCAACCCCACGGGCUCACUGCUCGCCAGCGCCGACGUUGAGAGCAUCCUCGCCCACCCGACCUGGAACGGCGUUGUCGUCCUCGACGAGGCCUACGUCGACUUCGCCCCCGAACGCGCCUCCCUCGCCCGCCUCGCCGCCAAGCACCACAACCUCGUCGUCAUGCAGACCCUCUCAAAGGCCUUUGGCAUGGCCGGCAUCCGCCUCGGCGCCGCCUUCACCUCGCCUCCCAUCGCCCGCCUUCUCAACGCCCUCAAGGCCCCCUACAACAUCUCCAGCCCGACCAGCGCCCUCGCCGCCGCCGCCCUCGACGGCCAGGGGCUCGCCGUCAUGCGCCGCAACCGCCAGCGCCUCGUCGACCAGCGCGACCGCCUGCUGCGCGAGCUCCCCGCCAUUGACGGCGUCGGCAGGCUGCGCGGCGGCACCGACGGCAACUUUUUGCUCUACGAGAUGCUCGACGCCCAGGGCAGGCCCGACAACGCCACCGCCCUGGCCGUUUACGAGGCCCUGGCCGAGACAAAGGGCGUCGUCGUCCGCUUCCGCGGCAAGGAGCACGGCUGCUUGGGCUGCCUGCGCAUCACGGUGGGCACGGAAGACGAGGUCACCAGGCUGCUGGGUGCCCUCGCCAAGCAGUUGGCCGAGGUCAGGGGCAAGGGGGGUUCCGUCGAUGCGGCGGAAGAAGAAAAGAAGGAGCAAGCGGCAAACGGCAUCGUGGCAUAG